UAAGCUCUGAAACCAUUGUAAAGUUACAGUGGUUACACUACAACAUGGUUUGGAUUUGGAGCCUAAUUGUACUCGGAAUAGUGGUCGGCGCAACGGGGCAGGGCCAAGGAACCGAUACCACCGGAUCGACAACGACGGGGCAGAGCCCAAAAACCGAUACCAGCGGAGCGCCAACGACGGCGGCAUCCGAACGAACUCCCGAAACAACUACUGUGGAUCCCUACACUGCACUCGAUAAGACAAUAACCGAUGAACUUGAGAAUAUUCUAACCAGAUAUGAGCGUGAAUGCAUGGGUAAUUCUGAGUUCACACGUAAUCUUGACCUCAUACGCAAAGCGGUAAAAAUGGACAAAAGUCGUUUGUUAGACAAGAUCGAAGCAAGAACAGAAUUUAAUAAGUACAAUGAGCAACGCAUUUUAAUCGAACGACAAAUUGAUGAGCGCAUAGAGGCCCUCAAUAAUAUCCUGCCUACCCAGGAACCGAAUAGUUAUUGCUCUGAAUUUUACUUGAAGCAAAGAGAAGAUCUUAGGAAGGCUAAAUCACUUUCGAAUCUAGAAAAAUUAAACACUUUAUUAAUUAACAAAGCAAUUUGCACUAUCAGGGAUAAUUACGAUGAUAACGAUUAUCUUUACUAGCAUAAUCAGAAGCCACAAGACAAUGCAGUCUAAGUGAAAUCUAUUUACAUAUAUUUAUAACUAAAUUUUAAAGAUUGAAAUAUAUAUAUGAUACUUGUGAA